AUGAAUAAUAUCGAAAGUUCUCACGAUGCGAACGGGGUCCCUUUUCAAAGUUCCACGCCUCAAGAAAUACUGCAGGCAUCUGGGGAAAUAGACUCACGACUAGUCAGUGAACGAGAAACAACUGCACUUCAAGGCACCCGCCAGCUACCUGAGACCGAAGAUAAAGAAAUUUUGGACGCUUGGAUUAAGUCACUUGUAGAACAGCUCAAAACUUUGGGCACUAAAAUCAGCCAGAAAAAAUUGGAUGCCGCAGAGCUGGAUGCAAAGAGCAUCCUUCAACAGCUCGGCCCGACGAAAACGCUCCCAUCCGCAGACAAACGUCGUCAGAAAGGCCUAGAAGUCCUUGAGUCCCUCAGCAACGUGAUAUUAUCCAAUAUUGUAAACUUCUCCCGCAAUCAACACUAUCUCGAUAUUGCUUGCCACGUUAUCGAUGAAUCGUUGCCAUUCUUACCGCCCGACCACCCAGCACCCGCUGACUGGCUUUUCAAUUUGGCUAAAUGCUAUCAGCUCCGAUACGAACUUGCGGAAGGUCCUAUGGACAUCCAAAAUGCUAUAACUUGCUUGGAGAACGUCGUGAGACUCACCCCGCUCGGCCACCCAAAACAACUAUUUCGGAUCGAAUCGCUUGGAGAGGCACAUCGGCAGCGCUGGGAUCGAACCAAAGACUCCAACGACCUUACUAAGGCUUUGGAAUACUAUUCCACAGCCAGUUCACUUGAACCUCAAGAUAGCGCAGCGAUUCCCUCUCUUUAUGCGAAAAUGGCCGGGCUAUUUUCGGCAUGGUCUCAAGCAGACAGACAUUACGAGCUCGAAGGACUCGGCAGGGCUGUAGAACUUCAAAAAUACGCGAUUAGUCUAGUCGCAGAAGGAGAUGCCCGUCUCCCAACGUACCUUCGCACCCUCGGCCGAUAUUAUCAUCACAGGUUCAAGCGCUCGGGAAAUAAAGAUGAUGCCGAAUCCGCAAUAGAGUCUCAAACCAAAGCCAUGGGGCUUAGUCCUGAGGGAAGCAUGGAUAAACUAAAUAUCAUGAGCGACCUCGGGAGCUCUUAUCAGGCUAGAUUCGCUUACUUAGGUAACCUGGAGGACUGUAACAGCGCUGUUCGACUCCAUGAAGAAACGGUAUCCGCCACGUCUGAUGGUGAUCCCAACAUAGUCGUAUUCCUUUCGAGUCUCGGAACCUCGUAUUUAGAACGCUUCGCCUAUUUGGGUAUAAAGGAUGAUCUUUCCAAAUCAAUGGACAUUUUGUCCCGAGCAGUGUCGCUUACACCGGCAGGCGACAAGGAUCUUCCUGGCCGACUCAAUAAUCUCGGCCUAGCGUACAAUUCUCGCUUUCAAUACUUUGGAAAAUUACCAGACAUUGACAAGGCAAUCGAGCUCCAAGGGUCGGCGAUGCAGCUCUCAGCGAAUGGUCAUCAGCAAUACUUAUCAACAAUAUACGGAAACUUAGGCAACUCUUUUCAUUCUAGAUUCUCUCGGCUAAAACGUGUGUCUGAUAUUGAAUCUGCAAUCUUUGUUCAAACUCAGGCAGUGAAGAAUACUCCCGAUGAACAUCCAACCAUGCCUGGGCUACUAGACAGUCUUGGCUCUGCCUAUGAAUCGCGUUUCAGAUUUAGACCCUCACGCCGGAAAAUGGAUGACUUGAACAGGGCCAUAGAAUACAAGACCCGUGCUGUAAACCUAACUCCAGCAGGCAACUCAAAGUUGGCUACCUAUUUGAAUAACCUUGGUCUUGCUUAUGGAGCUCGAUUUUCUCAGUUAGGCCAGGAAGAAGAUGGGAACAAGGCCAUCGACCACUUGAACCGAGCAGUGGAACUGACACGUGAUGACCAUUCAGAUAAACAGAAUUGGUUAAAUAACUUGGGUAAUUCGUAUAGGGAGCGGUUCCGGGUCCGCAAAGAGCUCCAAGACUUUGAACUUGCUAUCGCUACCCUAUCUCGGGCUAUAUCGCUCACCGACGAAGGACAUUCAAAUAUGCCUAUGAUGCUGAGUAACAUGGCGCUCUCUUACCUUUAUCGAUUUGAACAAUCCGGUGACCAAGAAGCACUAGAUAAAUCUAUUACUCUAUUUCAAAGGUCCUCUCGGUCCUCUUACGGCCAUCCUAUCAAUAAAUUCAAUUCAACGCGUAUCUUAGCAUAUUUGUUGCUGUCAAACUCUCGUCCUGGGUUUGUUGAGGCAUAUCAAUCAGCUGUUAAUUAUUUGCCUCAAGUAGUCUGGCUCGGGGAUAUUGCAAGCACAAAGCUUUACCAGGUACAACAACUCAGCGACUUCAUUGAAGAGGCGGCUGCGGCUGCAAUGGAAGCUCAAGAAAUCUCUCUUGCCCUUGAAUGGCUUGAACAAGGGCGUUCAAUAGUGUGGGGUCAGCAUCUCCAGCUUCAAACACCUCUUGAUGAGCUUUCGUCCAUUAAUUCUGAACUGGCCGGUCACCUCAAAGAAGCCGCAGACGAGCUAUAUAGCAGCGCGUCUGGAAUUUUUUCGUCCCCAAUCUCCGAUGCUAGUCUGUAUUUAAAACCUAUGAGCUGGAAUGUUCAACAACAACACCAGAUGGCAGAUCGAUAUGAGAGACUUCUGGAUGAAGCGCGCAGAAUUCCUGGUUUUGAACGUUUCCUACGUCCCAAGCAAGUUUCCGAGCUUUUUCAGGCCGCUCGAUACGGCCCUGUCGUCGUUGUUAAUGCACACAAAUCAAGAUGCGAUGCCCUCAUCCUACUCCCAAAAAAGAACGACCUUAUACAUGUCCCCCUUCCGAAUCUUUAUCGCAACAAGAUACUAGAUUUUAAUUUACCCCCCGAAAUUUUGGCGAAGUCAUCCGAUGACACCGCAGAGUUUGAGGGCCUCAGAGGAGUUCGUUUAAAGGCGGGAAAAGAUCAAUUCGAGAGCACCCUGUGCGAAUUGUGGCUAUGUGUUGUAAAACCAGUCCUCGAAGCCCUUGGGUAUCCAAAUGACCGCCCACCAGAUGAGCCCAUCCACAUGACAUGGAACACCACAGGCCCUCUAUCGCUACUCCCACUCCACGCGGCUGGGGACUACAGCAGGCCUCUCACGAGGCUGUACAAUUUUGCAUUUUCCUCCUACAUUCCAACUCUGAGUGUCCUUCUGCGCUCCAACCCAUCGCCUCAUGCCCACUCCCGUAUUAUGGCCGUCGGCCAGGAGGCAACGCCAGGACAAGCGCCACUUCCAUGUACCAAGCAAGAGCUAGAAUUCAUUCAAAUCCAUGCUAAGGAUUCGAUUCACUAUACUCAACUUACAGGCUCCGAAGCCACGGCACAGGCCGUAAUCUCCGAGAUGGAAGAUUCUGACUGGAUUCACUUUGCUUGUCAUGCGUAUCAACAGCCCUUUGCACCGUUAGAUUCUAGCUUCAAGUUACACGAGAGCGACUUGAGGCUUCGACAAAUCAUGCAAAAGCAUUUUCGGAAUAAGGGAUUGGCCUUUUUGUCUGCUUGCCAGACUGCAUCCGGUGACAAGAACCUUCCUAAUGAGUCGUCACACCUUGCCGCGGGGAUGCUGAUAGCUGGCUACCCUUGCGUCAUAGCUACAAUGUGGGCGAUUGUAGAUAGUGAUGCUCCCUUAGUUGCAGACCAUGUAUAUUCGCAACUGAUCAAGGGUGGGAAGCUGAAUUAUGAAGGGUCUGCAAGAGCGCUGCAUGAUGCGGUUGCAGUGCUAAGAGAAAAGGUUGGGGAGAAAUCUUUUACGAGAUGGGCUCCUUUUAUUCAUGUUGGAUCAUAA